CCCGGCUGCUUCCAUGGCUGCGGCAUGCGCCCGGUAGGAGACAUGCUCGGCCAAUUCUUCAGCGGCCGCAAGGGUGCGAAUGCGCAUCCCUCGAGCACGCCCACGCUCGACUCUGCCACCGAAGAGUCGCACACGCGCCACCUGCUCUACCCCGACACGAGCACCCUCUGCCACCCCGACGGCCAGCCGUACCCGCUGCACGGAGCCGCCCUCUCGCUGGGCACCGCACACGACGGGCCGCUGCCCGAGAUCGACCUCGAGUUCCCCCGCGACUGCCGCAUCCUCAUCGCCCAAGAUGAGUCCAAGAGCACCCACAAGACGCUCCUGUUCGAUUCCAAGCCGGGCCCUCUCCGCGCCGAGUCGCCCACCCAGCCCGCCACGCGCUCGCGGGCCUUUGGCGGACUCGGCGGCACAAGCACCACGGGUCCCUCUCUCGGGGGCAUGCAUGCACGCCGUGCCUCGCUCGUCACCGAGUCCACCCCGCGCUCGCCCACCGUAGCUGCCUUUGCACGCUCGCGGACCCGCGGCAACUCCAUCUCGUCCAUGCCCAACAUCGACGAGCACGCGCAGACACAGGCAAAAGCACAGGCGAAAUCAAAAGAGUCCACGGAUCUUGUCAAUGCUGCUCUAGAGUGCAUGUUCGGCAACACGCCCAUGAACUACCGAGGCAACUCGAACAAGAUUCACAUUGUACCACUGGAGUCUAAGCCGGCCGAUCCAACUGCUGCGAUUCCUCCUCUACAAGACGGCACAAGCUCGCUGGGCAGAUCAGCAGGCCUCAGACAGAGGAGCAACCUGGCCAAGUCGUUCACUCCCGGCAACAUUCCUCCCGAAUUAGCAGUCGGCGAGAGCAGCGGUGUCACCCCGAAAGAGUCCAGAAGGCGUACCAUCUUCAUUACGCGCAUGUUCUCCGUCACCAUGCCCGAUGAUGAGCAAGACACGUCCAACGUGCGCACGCCGACGCCACAAAGCUCUGUUGGCACAGGCAACGGCUUUCCAUUUCCAAGUCCGACUGCUAGAGGCCCUCAGAAGUUACCACCAUCCCGGAAAAGCCCCAUGUAUGCCAUCACCAUUAUUUUGCACCUGCCAAUAGGCGCCCCUUCGUCCACACUACGACCACCGUCUCGGCCGGGCCAGUACAAGACGCAACACUUGUCUACCUCCGCACCAGGGAACGACUCCUUGGGGUCGUCGCUGGAUUCAGAUCGUCGGGCUGGAUGGUCUUGGGUCGAUGGUAACUUCGGUGUCGACUCGCUCUUGUCCAUGGCUCUGAGCAGCGAUGUAGAUGAUCGUGUCGAUGUCGUGGGCCAACACUGGGAUGUCAUUAUGCGAACUCUCACCAGCCUUCAGUUCGUUGUACAAGAGAAAAUAUUAGCCUACUUGAAGACAGCGCAGGCAACGGCUGUUCCUUUGCUUCAUCAACCUCGCGUACAGCCAUCCCGUUCAAGCCUUCGAAGCACAACCAGCCUGCCAGCCCGCCGAGUUGUGGCAUUGCAGCCGAAUGCUCUCAUGUUCGACGCUGAUAUUAAGAAGGCAGUCGACCUAGCAGGCAGUCGCGUGGUCAGUGGCAUGCGAAUUCCUCGUGUCUUGACUGGACAGGGGAAAUGGGGUGUAUGGCGCGAAGAAGCACGAUGGCUUGGGAGGUGGGCAGGCGGGAAAGAAGAAAACUUCUUCUUCUUUAUUCUGCUGACUGCAUUCCUCGGAAAUCAUACUGAAUGGCUCAACGUGCUUGGCCCGAAGCUGCAUCGCAGACGACAUCGAGAGCAGCACAAGGUCAAUGCAGGUGAUAAUCUCAUUAUUCCGAAUCGGACUGUCAUCGUUUCGCCAGACAAGAUGGCUGCACGGCGACUAAUCUUUCUCCUUGCUGCUUUUCUUCCGCCAAACGCCUCAAGUUCGUAUGAUGUCUCACCUAUGCGACCGAGCACAUCUGCUUCCUUACGUGGGUACUCGCAAUCCCCGCCAACCAAUAUGCCACCAUCUCGGAAACAUUCAUUGCGUCGGCAAAUCAAUCGGCGACCUCGCGGUAAAGACAGCCAAAUCAAUAUACGUCUUCAGCCCCCCACUGCAGACGACAUAGGCCCAGGCAACCUUGAAUCUCUCGACAAAAGUACAGAAUCCGGUGUAACUGAAUUCCCGGAAAUGCCGCGCCAUUCCCGCCGUUCUUCUGCGCACUCUAUACGCACGAGCCUAGUCAUGCCUUCAAUGUCUGACACCGCUGCUCUCGCGAAAUCUACAAGCGCUGCCGUGUCUACUGGUGCACCCCACAACGACGCCCCUGUACCUCAUUUCGCGCUUCCCAGAACCAAGUCUGGACCGAUGCCUGAUUACAGACCUGAAAGUAACGACAGUCUAGCCUCCGCCAACCUGAUGAAUACUUUGCAGAGAAGCAGCACAGGUCACGCGAGCAAUCCCAGUACCGAGUCGGGCAACAGCAGAUGGAGCGGCUUCAUGAGCUUCUGGGGAGGCAGGCGUGGCUCUUCCACCGACCAGAGCGAUUACCUGCAGACAACGGACGAUGGCCUAGGCGUUGCAGGCUCGGGUUAUAGAAGUCAGGAGCGGCCUCGUUCUCAACUGGAACAGAUGGUCCAGGAACUUUCAAUGGAUGGUGUAUUUGGCGAAAGCGAUCCAUUUGAUCCGUCAGCGAGUAAUCCCGGUACCACUGGCGAAGACUCCCCAGAGACCUAUCCAGUUGGCUCUAGCGGCGUUCCUGCUUCAGCCGCACGACCAAUCCCAGAACGUCCGAAGACGUUCGACACUGCUCUGAAGCUGUCUGUGAACGAGAAAGACGGAGUUAUUGACGUGGAUAUCCCGCUACCCGAUUUUGGUUCUCCGCUUCAAUCACCUCUGUUGGGAGGAUACGGCUCCGUUCCUAGUCAGCAAGGCUCCAGCUAUGGUGAAUCAUCGGUUCUAUCAAUGCCCUAUUGCGAACCCGAACAGUCGGUUAAUGCUGCGGGAUGGUUGAAGCAAUUCCAUCCGGAUUUUGCUGUUCAGGCGAUCAGGCCAUACCAUGAACUAGAGCGUGAUAUCAAAUGGGCUAUGAGCGCUGAGCCAAGUCCGAUUACUUCGGCUGCCACACCUACGCUAGAGCAAGGGCCGCUCGAGCGAUGGGUCGAUGUCUGUUCUGCACUCAUCGCAGAUACUCGAACGUUUAGUAUCAAGCGAAUCAGCCUGCGACGCCUCAUUCGACUCAUCCCUACUCCAACGUACCAAGCAUCUGCUAUGACACCUGGUGUCUCAGGCAUGCCACCCGGACGGUCGCAAUAUGGCAAUCCUUAUAACACAGGAGCUGCAGCGCCAAUGAUGACCGAGAUGCACCUGGCGGAGAAGUUCGUUGAAGAGCAAAUCAUGGACUUUGAUGCAACUCUCAUUGACGCUGUUGAUCGCUGCCUGGCACAGUCGGGGCAAGGCUCCCGCGCCCAAUCCGCCAGCUCUUCACGUUCAAGUUCUCGACGAGGACGCCGCGACAGUCGUCCAGUAACGGAUGCACCACCACACGUCGAAGUCCCGCAAACCGAUUGUAAAGCCGUGAUCUUCGAUGCCCUUGAGAUAGUGGUAAAGAAUGUAACGGCUGAACGCGAGACUAAGCAGGUCGCAAACGAUGAAACAGUAACAGAAAGAAAAGGCAGGGGCGACACUGCUCGGACUGCGACUGACUCGUCGCUGAAGGAAGGCAUACGACGCUGGCUCACUGAAGUCGAGUGAAGGCUCUCGAAAUUAUAUCUCUACCAACCCACGAACGGAAACAGCCUAGCCCUACGUACUCAGUAUACGAUGGAAUCCUUGGUACUCUCGAGCCUCUCUCGUUGCCAGUGUACUAUAUGGAGAUCGACCGGCAUCAACGUCUCAUUUCUUCUCCUAUACGCCUUACUGUCUUUGAACGAAUGGACUUGUCAUAACAGGACCGCAACUCCUUUUUCAGUACUAUCCAGUCGUUGCGUUUUAGCGGGCGUUGAUGUGUAUUUGUCACAGCAUUAUAUGCGUACUCAGGUUCGAUAUCCAUGGAGUGGCUAGUUUGGACUUCAGUCAUCGCUAGACUCGUAUUUCCCGUCGCCAGC